GGAGCGGGCUCCGGCGCUCGCUCCCAUUGGCCGCCGCUGCGUCAGCUGGUGCGAUUUGCUGCUGUCGCUUUUGGCGUUCGGCCAUCCAGAAACAAACCAGUUCGAUGACUACUAAUAGUUAUAGCCAGAUGUACUAAUACACAACAAAUCACAGUCCUGCAGAGGGGCGCGCAAAUGAGUUCCUAUUUUGUGAAUCCCACUUUCCCUGGGAGCCUGCCCAGCGGCCAGGACUCCUUCUUGGGCCAGCUGCCCCUCUACCCGGCCGGCUAUGACGCGCUGAGGCCCUUCCCGGCCUCUUACGGGGCGUCGAGUCUUCCGGACAAGACGUACACCUCACCUUGUUUCUACCAACAGUCCAACUCGGUCCUGGCCUGCAACCGGGCAUCCUACGAGUACGGGGCCUCAUGUUUCUAUUCUGAUAAGGACCUCAGUGGCGCCUCACCCUCGGGCAAUAGCAAGCAGAGGGGCCCCGGGGACUACCUGCACUUUUCUCCCGAGCAGCAAUACAAACCUGACAGCAGCAGCGUGCAGGGCAAAGCCCUCCAUGAGGAAGGCACCGACCGGAAGUACACGAGCCCUGUUUACCCCUGGAUGCAGCGGAUGAAUUCCUGUGCGGGUGCCGUGUAUGGGAGUCACGGGCGCAGAGGCCGCCAGACCUACACGCGCUACCAGACGCUGGAGCUGGAGAAGGAAUUCCACUUCAACCGCUACCUGACGCGGCGCCGCCGCAUCGAGAUCGCCAACGCGCUCUGCCUCACCGAGCGCCAGAUCAAGAUCUGGUUCCAGAAUCGGCGCAUGAAGUGGAAAAAGGAAAAUAAACUCAUCAAUUCCACACAGCCCAGCGGGGAAGACUCUGAGGCCAAGGCGGGCGAGUAG